CUCACUUCAACACCACUACAACUACAUGAACCUCUCAUUUUCCUCUCCAUCCAAAGAUGUAGCCACCCAGAAACACUAUGCAACAAACGCUCCACCUCUACUCCGCCCACAACGCCACCUUUCCUACCACCCGCUUCCCAUUCAACCAUCCCAACUUUCUUUCUCUUCCUCGUUUAACAUACCUUCACCUCCCCCAUCUCUCCUCCUCCAAAUCACCCACUAUUUCUCUCCCCCCAAAUUCAUCACAAACACACUCCGUUUCCUUAACCCUCCAAAAGCCACAACCCCAACUACAAAAUCACCCCGUACCCACAAACCCAAAUCCCCAAUUCGAAGAAAAAAUGAUUUAUCUAGCCUCCAUGGACAUUGACCUUUUAACUCUCGUGACAACCAACCCACCUCUAGCCUCCGUUCCCAUCAACCAAAUCAAAUCCAUUGUUGAAUACCUUCACUCCAUAGGUCUCACCACCACCGAUCUCCGCCGUAUCUUCAGCAUGUGCCCAGAAAUUUUAACCCAAAAUCUCACCACUAUUGUCCCCGUCAUCACAUUUCUCUUACGCGAAGCCCGUAUCAACGGCAAGGAUCUUCGCCACGUCAUCCACCGCCGUCCCCGCCUCCUCACUUGCGGCGUCGCCACCCGCCUCCGCCCCACCCUAUUCUUCCUUCACAGCACAAUAGGACUUGAGGAUGUGAGGAAACAAACAUCACUCCUUUCGUGUUCAGUAGAGCAAAAAUUCGUUCCUCGUAUAGAUUACUUCCAGAAAUUGGGCUUCUCAUAUCGAGAAACCAUCUCAAUGUUCCGAAGAUUUCCCUCGUUGUUCUGCUAUAGUAUCGAGUCAAAUUUCGAACCGAAAUUUGAUUACUUUGUGGUGGAAAUGGGAAGGGAUAUGAAGGAAUUGAAAGAUUUUCCGCAGUAUUUUUCGUUUAGUUUAGAGAAUCGGAUUAAACCGAGGCAUAGGAAAUGUGUGGAGAAAAGGGUGUGUUUGUCACUGCCGGAAAUGUUGAAGUCAAGCGAGGAAAGGUUUAAGGAGAGAUUGGAGGUGUGUUAUAGUUCAUCGAUGCCGCAGGAAAUUUUUUUUGGAAAGUAGGUAAUUAGCAACAUUGGAUAAAACUCAUUACUUUCAGUUGAUCACUUUUCUCCUCGUUUGACUGGACGCUGAGACCUUACUAUGAGUCUUUUGGGGUCCAACAUGUUACUCUGAUGGUUGUGGUUUCUUGGUGCUGCAGAGCUGAUUUAGGUGAGCCAUUUGUGCUUUGAUUUGGACAAAUACAAGGCAUGUGGAACUACAAUCCUAAUCUCAGAUAUAGUGGACCAUUGCAAUAUUUUUCACGGAUGUUCUUCCCAUGUUGCUAGACCACAUAAAUGUUACUAUGUUACCACCAUUGUUUUUUGUUCAUUGUAAUUAAUAGUAGAUUGAGGUUUUGAUCUUCUCAAACUUAUGAGCUGACAUUCU